AUGAUCCCAAGCCGAAUACUUCUAAGACAAGCGCCAUCACCAACAUACACAAGACACAUACGAGCCAAGCCCAAACUCACAUCGCUCCUCCGCACACCAACAACAAAGUCCCUCAUCUUGUCGCUAAUAUGCACCUCAGUAAUGGUAGACUUGCUAAAAGCCAAGCGGGAAACGCAACAACUACAAGCUUCAUACAUGACGAAAUUCACCGUUCUCAGAGAGGUGAUCGAAAAGUUGCACGCGGGCGUCAAGGUUGAUUUGAGCAAGGAGUUGCAGUUGGCGAACGCGUUCACUUUACAUAAGUACAAUUCGAAAACGGAUAUCGAGUUUGAUGCGCUGUUGGAGGAGUUUUUGAAGAUGGCUGAUGAGCCCGUGCUGUUGAGCGAGGUGCAAGUGCUGGAGGUGUUGGAAGGGCAGGGCCAUGGCGGUGGUGAUGGUAAUGGUGCGGUCAAGGGUAAUUUCUUGUAG